UUGCCGAGAAGAUGAUAAAUGGACAGACAGACCACUUGGAGCGGGACGAGGAGCACCGACAAAAGCGAGAUGGACGGAUUGAGAAAUAAAGAUGACAGUCGACGACUCGAGUGCUCGACGGCUGCUAUUUAUUGAGGAAGGCAGCCAAAGAAGCUUGCCUUCGCCGAUGGUGUCUUUUGCCUCUUUCGCCGGUUGGAGAGUAUAGAACGAAAGGUCUGGGUGGAGAAUGGAGAGACGAGGGAAAGAAGAGAACGAAAAGGUCUCAGAAAAAUAAUUUGAACGAGAGAGCGUUCAUGUUAAACGCCCGUUUACCAUCCCCGCACGAAUGAGGAAUGCCCACACGCGUGUCAUCCUUUCAUAAUAUUCGAACGACCAUUAACGCUUUGACUGAAGCCGAACCAAUUUCGUUUUCCCGUGCCCAGUUAGUAUUUAUACAUUAGCAUAUAGUCUCACCCAAUACAAAAGUCCCGCUGUUUUUCAUUUACGCCCCCGAACCGCAAACAUUAUGACUGUGGCAGCAGGGCUGGGGUACGCCCUGGCAGCCCUUGGCCCUUCCCUCUCUCUAUUUGUCGCUGUAAUCUCCAAAAAGCCUUUCUUGAUUCUCACUGUUCUCUCAAGUACACUGUUAUGGCUUGUAAGUCUGAUUGCUCUAUCGGGAUUGUGGAGGGCUUUUCUUCCCCUGAAGUCGACAGCUUGGUGGCCAUAUGGACUUCUUAUAAUCACAUCGGUCGGUUUUCAAGAGGGCCUUCGGAUUCUAUUCUGGAAAGUUUACAAGAGGCUUGAAGAUAUAUUGGACGCUUUUGCUGAUAGGAUGUCAAAACCUCGCCUCUUUCUGACAGACAAGAUGCAAAUUGCCCUUGCUGGUGGUUUGGGUCAUGGUUUGGCCCAUGCAGUCUUUUUUUGCCUUAGCCUCCUGACACCUGCAUUUGGUCCAGCAACAUUUUAUGUUGAUAAAUGCCCGCAGAUCCCUUUUUUUCUUAUUUCUGCUAUAAUUUCUCUCGGAUUUGUUACAAUCCACACUUACUCAAUGGUCAUAGCAUUCAAUGGAUAUGCAGAAGGGAAGAGAAUAGACCAGAUAUUUGUUCCAGUGAUCCAUCUGGUUGCAGGAAUGGUGACACUGAUUAAUCUCGCUUCUGGGGGUUGUAUCAUUGGAAUUCCUCUCCUUUAUUUCUUGGCAGUCUUGACAUUAUUGUAUUGCGGUAAGCUGGUUUGGAGAAGACUCACAGAAAGUCGAAGCAGACAGUGAUUCAUAAUGGACAUUAAAAUCCUAUAAUUUCAUCUUAGAUCUUUCUCACUUUUCUUGUGCAUUUGUAUCAAGGUACCAGUGAGAUAACAUUUGGGGACUAACAGUAACAGAUCAUAUAUAAAUGGCUUCCUUCACAGAAAUAUUUUGUACAUGCUGUUUCUCUCAGUUUAGAAAUUCACGUGUCUCAAUAGUAAUCAUUUGUUGCCUGUCUUGGGCCCGGCCCAUUAUUAUUACAUAAUAUUUUGUGCAAAUAAACAAUAUGUGACA